AUGAAAGUUGGAAUUAUCGGCGGAUCUGGUUUGGAUGACCCCGAAAUCCUCGAAAACCAGAAGGAAAUCCAUGUGACUACACCAUUCGGUGAGCCGUCCGAUGCGCUCCUCGAAGGUACGAUCGCUGGCGUCCCAUGUGUUCUUCUAGCAAGGCAUGGACGAAAGCACUCACUCAUGCCAGCUAAUAUCAACUUUCGCGCCAAUAUCUGGGCUCUCAAAUCUGUUGGUUGCACCCAUGUUCUCGCCUCGAACGCGUGUGGAGGACUGCAGGAGCAUACCAAGCCCGGGGACUUAGUCGUGCUCGACCAGUUCUUUGACCGCACACAGGCGGCUCGAAAGCACGUCGCUAAUGUAUACGAACCAGGAAAACCAAGGACCGCUGAGGGACCCCAUCUUCAUACUACUGGCAGUUGUGUCACGAUUGAGGGUCCUCGAUUCUCCAGUUGUUGUGAAUCUCGCGUCUUCCACUCCUGGGGCUUGGAUGUCAUUAACAUGACCUUAGUACCGGAGGUAGUCCUUGCCAAGGAGGCUGGUCUUUGCUACUCCAGCAUUGCUAUUGUAACCGACUACGACUCCUGGAAGGCAUCUGAAGUACCGGUCAGUGUAGAGGUCGUCAUAGCGAAUUUCAAGAAAACCGCUGAAACUGUGAAGAAGGUUUUUGUGGAGGCAAUUAAGUUGUUACAGACAAAGGACUGGACCAAGACUGUUCUCAAGGCUCAGGCUUUAGCCGAACAAUCGAGACAGGAUGUGCACUAG